GUUCAUUCCCCUGCAGGCCACAAUCCUGAAAGUGUGGAGCAAUAUGGCAAAUAUUUAAUGAAUCCUUCGGGUCCGUCCACAAAAACGCCCGAGCAGGAGGAACUCAGGCCAUCAUCCGAUCAUCUUGCUGACUCCUGAGUUCCAUUGCCACCGGAAGCAUGCAUCGGAUACUCACAGACGACAGAUUAUACCGGGCUGAUGCCGACCUACUCAUACCAGGGAAGGGGGAACCAAUCCCCCACGGCGCCGUGGUAUGGCAAUCGAAGACCAUACGCUACGCAGGACCCCAAUCAGGGGUCCCGGCUGAGUUUCAAGGGGCCACAACCACUCAUGUUCCCGUCGUAAUGCCGGGGAUGUGGGAUUGUCACAUUCACUUCCUGGGUUCUACAGCAGCCACAAUGAAUGCGAUCGUCGACACGCCCCAGGCUCUGGCGGGUGCACGGAGUGUCCCAGAUCUACACGCCACUGUUAUGGCCGGAUUCACCUCAGUGCGUGAGGUUGGGGGCUACGGGUGUGACCUCGCAAAGGUCGUAGAGGAGGGACGAAUCCCAGGACCUAGUAUCUACUCCAGUCACUCUGCCAUAAGCAUGACUGCAGGACACGGUGAUGUCCACGGCGUCCAUAGGGACUCGCUGCUUGACCUGUGCGGCCACGGCCUACCUCUGACAAUUGCUGACGGCGUACCUGAAUGUCUGCUCGCAGUGCGAAAGCAGUUGCGCCGGGGUGCCAAGGUCAUAAAGGUCUGUGCUAGUGGAGGUGUUGUGAGUGCCAUCGACGACCCACAGCACCAGGAAUUCUCUUUCGAGGAAUUGAAGGCUAUUGUCGACGAAGCAGCGCGGGCACGUCGGGUCGUCGCUGCUCACUGCCAUGGUAAAGCGGGUAUCAUGAAUGCACUGCGCGCUGGAUGUCGCACGAUUGAGCAUGGCAGCUUCUUGGAUGAAGAGGCCGUUGAGCUGAUGAAGGAGAAGGGGGCAAUUCUAGUCGCCACCCGCAGUGUCAUUGAGAGUGGUCUGGCAAUGAAAGACCUUUUCACACCGUCGUCCUAUCAGAAGUUGCUCGAAGUAGCUGAUGCACACAAGAAGGCGUACCAACUGGCUGUUUCAAGAGGUGUCACGAUAGCCCUUGGCACCGAUCAGUUCAUCAGCUCGGAUAACCCGAUGAUAGGCUACGGUCGCAAUGGCCAUGAAGUGAGGUAUGCGGUAGAAGCCGGUUUGACUCCGCUGGCGGCCAUCCAAGCUGCCACGGCCAACGGGCCCCUUACUUUAGGGUAUCAAGCGCCAUUGAGCGGUCAACUAAGGGAGGGAUUUGAUGCAGACAUCAUUGCAGUCAGGGAGAGCCCGCUCGAGAAUGUCGCGGUUCUGUCUAACUCAAGGAAUGUCACCCACGUCUGGCGUGCUGGCAUGCUGAUUAAGUCGUGAAACGAGCAUCUGAAGAGGUUAUAACGGUUUGGGUUACUAGCAUGUCCAUGCAUAUUUGUAAAUAUAUAAGACCAACUCAGGUUGGAUUGUGC